AUGGGCAAGAUCCGAAUUAAUUUGAAACCUAGCGAAAAGGACGAGGUAGACAAAAAGCUUGAAAGAACACCAAUAAAAUAUAGAGAGCGAGAAACCAGAGGGAGAGGUCGAGUGAAAGAGACUAACCUUGAGAAACGUGGACGAAAACCUCCGGGAGAGGACAAAGAUAGGGAUUUGAUAGACGAUACCUCUAAGAUAGAUGAAAUAAAGAAAUUAAUGGGAUUUAGUGGGUUUGGAACUACUAAGAAUAAGAAAGUGGAAGGAACGGAUUGCUAUGGAGUGAAGAAAAUUCAGAGGGCCGAGUAUAGACAGUAUAUGAAUAGAGAAAAGGGCUUCAACAGACCCUUAUCUCCUACGAGAGAAGACAUAAAGGGAAGGAAACUUCAUGAAAAGAAGAAGAAUAAAGAUUAG